CAAUCCAGCUGGAGGUAUAUUUUUUCACCUUCAGGAUUUCCGGUGCCCUACGAAGAUUGGGACAGCGGGACCAGAAACGUCAGCACUGAAGCAAAUGCGGGUGAUGACGGCAGGACCGUCGAUGAAGCGGUCCCUGCCGGCCGAACUUCCACCACCCUCACAAUCCGACCGCAGCCGUUACCGCAAGCCCAACCGGAUCCGGGCAUGCUGGAGCUGCUCACCAGCUCGGAGAACCAUGCCCGCGUGUUGGAAGCCCAAGCCGCCGCAGUCAGAAAGCCGGCAGCGUUGCACACCCCCGCAGAACCAACGACGACGCAAGUGUGCUGGGGCAAAAUAACGACCAAAAAGCACAAAACGUGGGAGGGCGACGGAACGUUGACCAUCGUGGGCGGGAAGAGCGCCACGUUGGGCGACGAGGACGGCAAGGUGAUUGGGAGCUCCGGGUUGGUGAAGGGGGAGGAGCUGUAGGAGGGUUCGCGGUUGAAUAAGGAGGUUGAACUGGUGGAGUGGAUUGAUGGGGAGGUGGCCAAGGAGAAUGAUGUGCCGGUGAAGAGGGUUCGAUUCGGGGCGAGAGGAGGGUUUAGGCCGCCGGCGGAGUCGAUGUGCGCCGGGAGUCCGAUUGUGGUGUCGACACGGGUGUCGAGCAGGUUGGGACGGUGGGGAGGAAGCGAUUACGGGGACAUUGUUCCGUUGACGAUGCGGGAGCCUUCGUUCGAUCAGUGGAAGUAUAACAAAGGGUUGCGUUCCGUACUGCGUGGCUGAGCAUUUGCGGCCUCACCAGCGGGAAGGGGUGAGCUUUCUGUACGA